AUAAUGUAAGGCUAAUAGGAAUCCUGCAGUUUGAUGAAAGCUUUGCGACAACAACAACGUUUACGGUGUUCAAAUUUCUUUGCAAUCCUACCAUUAAAUUUUCCUUUUUUUCAUUAGCUUAAUAUGGGUUCAUCUCCGUCGAAACCAGUGUUAAAAGAAGAAGAAGAAGAACUUUUAAGAAAUGCCAAGGAAGAGAUUGAAAGAAAUCAAGUUCAUGAUCUACAUAGUUUCUACAAAGAACAAGUCUCUAAAUGGGAGACGUUUGACUUAUAUUUUGCCAUAAUUGGAUCAAACAAUUUAGGAAAGUCGUCAUUCAUCAACGCCAUAAGAGGAAUUGAAGCUGACGAAAGAGAGGCCGCACCAAACGACGAAUCAGAUUUGGAAACAAUAUAUCCUCAUCCUCAAUACGAAAAUAUAAAACUUUGUGAUCUUCCUGGCAUUGGAGCUCCUAAUAAUCCUGAUCUUGAAACGUACACUAAUAACAUCGGUGGCCUGAAGACAUACGACGGAUUUAUAAUAUUUAGCAAAUCAAAAUUCACAAACUAUGAAAUAAAUCUGGUUGAAAAAGUUUCCAAAGAGCUCCAAAGGCCUUUCGUUUGCGUUCAUACGCAUGCGCAUCUCAAUGUUACAAAUGCAAAAGAGGGCGAAGCCCUUGCAUCGCAGUCUACCGAAGCCACUGCAUUAGAUAAAAUAAGAGAAUGUUGCUUUGACAACUUGAAAGGCUUAGUAAAGGAUGCAAAUGAUGUUUACGUAAUUAACAACAAUGAUACAGAAAAAUAUGAUUUUGACAGUCUACGCGACAAUGUCAUCUUGAAGUUGCUCAAACGUCGUAAAGAGUAUUUUUUAUAUUCUUUGAACUGCGUCAUUUACGGAAGCAGAGAAUUAUCUGAACUAGAAAAACGUUUAGAAGAAGCUAAGUUCCAUGUUAACAAAUAUGGUUUAAUUGAUGUUGACGAUUUUUACCAAACUCAAAUUGAUUCAUGGAGAAACAUGAAAAUAAAUAUUGCUGUAACAGGAUAUACUGGAACAGGAAAAUCAUCUUUCAUCAACGCCGUAAGAGGACUCAAAGCUUACCAAAAGGAUGCAGCACCAGUUAAUGUUAUCGAAAGCAAAACAGGGCCCACUGAAUAUUCUCAUCCUGAAAAUAGGAACAUCAAACUCUGGGAUCUACCUGGCAUUGGGACACCUACAUAUCCUAAUAUUGAUGAAUAUUGCAAGAUUGAGGGUGGUCUAAAGAAGUACGAUGCAUUUCUCAUUUUUUGCAAAUCGCGAUUCACUCAGCAUGAUAAAGAACUGGCUGAGUAUGUUUCAAAAGAGCUCGACAAACCUUUCUUUUUCAUUCGUACCAACGUUGACACCGAACUCAAAAAUGCGAAGGAUGACGAAGGACCAAAGUUUGACGACGAACCAUCUGUCUUGAGAAAAAUGAAGGAAGACUGUUGGAAAAACUUGAAAGGUUUAAUCCAUGCUGAGAAAAAUAUCUACAUGAUUGACAACAAGGUUCCAGACAAAUACGACUUCAAACUUUUGCUUGGGAAUGUUCUCUCAGAGUUGCUAGAACGUCGAAGUGAACGCUUUUUUAAAUCUUUGUGCUACGUAAUAUACAAAAAUAGUUCAAUGACUAAAGAUGGUUGGUGCUUCACCCAAACCUGGAACUACAUUAAUCAUCACGGCACUGUUGAUAUUGAAGAUUUUUACAAAAGUGAAAUUCGUUCAUUGAAGGAUGAAGAGAUAAAUCUCGCCAUUACAGGAGAUGUUGAAGCUAGAAAAUCAUCUUUCAUUUACGAAGUGAUAGGAAUUACACCUAACGAAAAAGAAUCUGCACCAGCUGGUGUUACAGAAUCAACCUCCGUUUACAAUAAAUAUGUUCACCCAAAGAAUGAAAACAUCAUUUUCUGGGAUCUACCUGGCAUUGGAACACCUUCAUAUCCUAAUCUUCAAAAAUAUUGUAAGAAGGUUGGUGAUCUAGAGAAGUACGAUGCUUUUUUUAUUUUAUGCAAUACACGAUUCACUAAACAUGACAAAGAGCUGGCUGAGAAAGUUUCCUCAGAGUUCAACAAACCUUUCUUUUUUAUUCGCACCAACGUCAAUUGCGAUGUCAAGAAUACCAAAGAGGACAAAGGUGAAAAUGUUGAUGAAGAUUCUGUGUUGGAAAGAAUGAAGAAAGAUUGUUUGGAAAACCUGAAAGGUUUGACCGAUGAUAAGAAUGACAUCUACUUGAUUGACAACAAUGCUCCGUGCAAAUACGACUUUCAGCGUUUGACGGAAUCAUUCCCUUCAAAUUUACCAGAACGUAAAAAAGAAUGCUUCAAACUUUUUUCAAUUAAUAAGACACGUGAAAUCAUAGAAGAAAAGGCAAACUCCCUGAAAGGUCAAGCUGUACGACUAGCUCUUGCCUCAGCUUUUAAAAACGCCGUUGCUUCACUCUUUGGAAAAGAUUUCAAUUUUGAUGUGAUUGUUAAGGAAAUAAAAAUGUACUGCUCCGUCUUUGGUUUUCCUGAGGAGGGAUCUGAGAAAUUUAAGGCGUUAAAGAAAGAGUGGUCUGAUGUUUUAUUGAAAUACAACAUUGAAACAGUUGAGGAUGUGAAGAAAAAAAUUGGUAUUGAUCCAGUGGACGCUGGUCUCAAAAAAUACAUCCCAGUGUUUGGGUUGCUGUACCUAGCUGCAUCCUGGUUCAUUAAAAUUUAUGAUUUUUUGUUAAACUGCAUGAACGAUAUGGAAAUAGUUGCUGUUGACAUUUUGAAUACAAAUUAUGGAAGUAGCAACGAUUUACAAGAACAAGACCUGGUUGACUAAGAAUGCUUAUUUAUAUUUUCUUAAAGCAACUCCCUUCUUAUAACUAAUUGUUCCAAAAAAAUCUGUGGAUUUAUCUAAAAGAAUCAAUUUUAGUAAUUCAUUAUUUUGUUAUUCAGAAAAAUUGCACAAAGUAGGUACGCUUUCGUACAUGUGGUAGAUAAACCAAAUGAUAAACAUUUACAUAUAACUAUUUUUGUCUACUUCACAUUAAGUCUUCUUAUUAAAUGGCAAUAGGAGCACGUUGUCUUUACAUACCAUUUGUUAUUUUAAUUUAAAUAAAAACUUCCUCUCCUAGAA